AUGUCAACUCCUGCCAGAAGACGUCUAAUGAGAGAUUUUAAGCGUUUACAAGAAGACCCACCCACAGGUGUCUCUGGAGCACCCACCGAUAAUAACAUCAUGAUCUGGAAUGCUGUGAUAUUUGGGCCUCAUGAUACUCCCUUUGAAGAUGGAACAUUUAAACUUACUAUAGAAUUUACAGAGGAAUAUCCAAACAAACCUCCUACAGUGAGGUUUGUCUCCAAAAUGUUUCAUCCAAAUGUUUAUGCAGAUGGUGGGAUUUGUUUAGACAUUUUGCAAAAUAGAUGGAGUCCCACUUACGAUGUUUCAGCCAUCUUAACCUCAAUACAGUCACUGCUGAGUGACCCUAAUCCAAACUCACCAGCAAACUCAAUGGCUGCCCAGUUGUACAAGGAAAAUCGCCGUGAAUAUGAGAAGCGGGUAAAAGCCUGUGUAGAACAAUCAUUUAUUGAU